UAAGCAAAUCAAUUUCCGUCCUCAAUACUACAUGUUUCGUAUGACACACAACCAGCAAAAGUUGAAAUUUUUCUUCAAGGAAGGACUAUGAUCCCUCCAGUAGAAUAUAUCCUCGUUGAAUAUACACUAUAUUUUGAGUUUGAACACAUGUAAUAACACUCCCCCGUCUGGCAUACAAGAUGGCUGCUGCAUUAUCCAUCUUUCAUUUAUUCACAGUUUUUCUCUAUAGAAUAUACGAAGAACUUGAAAAUACGACAUAUUUUUUGCUAUCGAGGACUGCACCAGCACAGUAAUCUUUCGAAAUUUCGGCAUGUGAUCCUCUUAGAAGGCGUUGAAAGAUGACGCAGGUUACGUUGGGGCCUGUCCUGACUAACCUGUUCAUAAUUUAAAUGGUAACAGAUUUAGACGGCCGUAAAUUGACAACAAUAGUUACUUAUAAGGGAAACUUGGAAGAUCCAGAUUUCCCAAAACAACGAAGUUGUUCGACAAAUUCAUUGAAUGAUAUUCUGUGCAAGAUAGUCAAAAUACACAAGCUGGAGCCCUGGAAUUCAGUGAGGGUAACGCUGUCUAUUCCAAGAGAGGCAGCGUUACGUCUUCGACAGUUGGCCAAUGAAGGCUCUCAUUUGCUUAAAGCCAUUGGCAUCUUGUCCGUGCAAGUAGAAGAUGACCAAGUGAUUUCUUUACGAAUUGCACCUGGACCUCUUGGGUCCGAAGCUCAAGAAAUUGUUUUGAGAACUCAAGAUGGCCCAGGUGCUUCUUCCAGCAGUAUCUCAGUUGGCAGGUCUGAUUUUGAGGGACCCCUUGCUAGAUUAUUUUCUACGAAUAGUGGUGGUAAUGCAGUUUCCACUGCAACAAACUCAUCAGUGGCCAGUGAAAAAGUGCAAUUUAAAUCGCCCAAUGUGGUGUGUCCUUCAGACUCUGUGGUGCCUAAAGUGGCGGUCAGCAGUUCCCCAACAACAUCAAAGAAUCCUUUUCCAUUCACUAGCAUGAAUCAGGCUAUACAUAGUAGAGAAAUUAGUAAUCAGCAUCAGCAACAAAAUUCUACAGUUUCAUUGGGGUCUGUACCGGUUCCAGUUUCUGUAGCAUCAGUGCCUCUGUCAACAGUUCCAUCUUUACCACCACCCCCAUAUCCAACUCAAAAUCCUCCAGUUUCGAUAUCAAGUCCCUUAUUAGUGAACCUACUACAGAAUGACGGAGCUGAUAGUGUUUUAAGUGUGCCUCCUGCAACUGCUAAUGUAGCAGUGAAGUUUAAGUGUCCUCGAACAGUGACUAGUAACAAUAAUGUGUUAGUAACUUUACCACAGACCAAUACUAAUAGUAACUUAUCAGUGAAUUCAAUUGUUUCACCAAGCGCCUUAUCUAAUAAACACCAAACAAUUAGUACAACUACAUGCGCUCUGAAUAUAAGUGCAACACAGCCUCCACCUUUGAACAAUCUUCCUGUUUCAAGGCCAACGUCUUUACUACCACCACCACCACCGUACCCUUUGACUUGGGCCUCACCAACUCAUCUACCUGAUAUAACACCAUCUCUCACAGAUCUUAGAGCUGAUGACUUGGACCAACUACUACCAUCUUUAGAGCACGAUCUGGUGCAUAGUCCUCCAGAUUUACCAGAAUUAUUGUCGAAUUCUAAUCACAGUGACCAUUCAAUGUUGGGUCCACCAGAACCACAACACUGUGGAAGGAACUUUCUAAUAAAUCCAUUAACAGGGGAAUUAGAACCACAGUCAAGUGAUGAAAGUGAAGAUGAUGAAGUUAGGGAUGUGUUCACCGAUUUGCCAUCACCUAGCGCAACAUUUUCAGAUGAAGAUACAAAUUCCACUUCCAAAACUGAUAAUAUAAUGAAUAAUAUAACUGAUCACAGUGAUAGUGAUACUAGGUCUUCUUUGAUUGAAACAGGUGUUAAACAUAGGUAUAAAAAUAUUAAAUCUUCUAAAGAUAAAGGUCGAGAUUCACCAUCUUUGAAGCCAACUGAAAAAAUUAAACUGAGGUUGAAAUUAGAGAAAUCAGAACCUGUGAAUCCUGCAUAUAAAGUGGAUGUUAGUUUUAUUAAUACUCAGCCCAAGAAAGCAUCAGUUACACCAAGUCCUUCUCCACAAACGCCUCCAAGUUCAGAAGGUUUGAGAGUUCCGCCUCUACAUAUUUCACUGAGAGGUAGAAAUUUGGUUAUAAAAAACAAGAAGAGGAAUAAAAUGUUGGAAGGUGGGGAAAAACAGAAAGUUCGGAAAACUCAGGAUUACACUCUCAAAAGAAAACAAGACAGUACUGUGGGAGAACACGAUGCAAAUAUUCCCCUUCCUGCGAUGGUUGAUUCAUCAAUAGAGCAAAAUAAAAUGAGAUGUGCAAACUCUGAUAUGAAAAAGAUUAAAAGACCCAAACUGAAUAAUGACUUCAAGGACGGCCUUCCACAAACAAGUCCUCAAAUGCUCUCACAAGACACAAAAGUUGUUCUUCACAAUUAUAUAUCCAAAGAUAAAGAAAAAGAAAGACGUGGAAGUGAUUCAGAGUUAUCUAAGUCUAGUAAAAAAUUCUUAGAAUCAAACGGAGUGAAUUCUGAAGAUAAAAAAAGAAGAUUGAGUCAGUCGGAUUGUGUUGAAAGUACUGAAGUUCCUGGUUCCACGAACAUAGGAACAAUGGUUGGAUUACCAAAACCUAGAAAAGAGAAAGUAAAAAACCGUGAACUGAAUAGGAAUAAGAGUUACUCUAAAAAUUUAGCAGAGAAGAUAGCCAAACAACAAAUCAACUUGUCUAGCGUAGAAAUAGAUAUGGAAUCGAAAAUUAAACAGAGAUUAUUAGAAGGAGUGAAUAGAAUCCCGCAUCGGAUCGAUCAAACAACUUCUACGCCUGAAAAACCACCUCCUGUUGAAGAAAAGUUACCAGAGCCUGAGGGGUGUAAUACACCUGAUAGAAAGGGUGAAGUGGUGGAGAAACCAGUAGCAGGUAGGUCACCGAACGGUGGAGCUCAGGGGGAAGACAGUGGUAUUGAGAGUAUGGAUGCCUUGAGUGAAAAAUCGCCAAACCAAGCCAGUCAGAGUCCUCAUGCAGAUUUGCCAGAACCUGCAUUGAAACCCAAAGCCCAAGUGCCUGAUAUGAUGGAUAUUGAAGCUCAAUUAGCUAAAAUGGAAGGUCUUAAUGGUGAAGAAGAUUGUUGUAUGACAUCUUCAUUGCAAGAUAAUUUGAAAAGUGAUUCAUCGCCAAUUUCCAUACACACAAACAUGAAUAACGCAAAAGAAAAAGAGUCUUAUGAUAAAGAUGAAUCACUUUCAAAUCCUUCGAAUUCCAAUGAAUUACCUUCAAGCCAAACAAAUAAAGAUGAUCUUGAACCUCUCCCUUUGAGAGUUGCCCCUCCUUUAUAUACAUACUCCAAUCCAGAGAAAAGUAGAGAUUCUGAAGAAAUUUUUGGGGUAGAAUCGGAAGGUAUCAAUAAUUCAAGUCCAUUGAAGAAUAAAAGUUUGCUAGAAGCUCUCUUGAUAGAAAUACCAUCAGAUCAGCAAUGUUCAGAUAAUCCAAGUCCUGCAACAAGAUCAGUUAGAACUAGGGCAUCAUCUAAACUGAACAGUCCUGAAAUAAACUUGAAUUCACCGGUUACUAGACAGCAAAGAGGCUCCACACCUGCUACUAAGAGAAAACGUCAAGAAUCGGAAAGUUCUAAUCAGAGUUUGGACGACUUUAAAAAGAAAGCUCGAAAAUUGAAUGAUACUAAUGAAAUGAAACCAGUUGGAACUGAACAAGCAGCAACUAAAAUGAAUUGUGUGAAAAAGGCAAAUUUUGUUGGAAAUUUAACGUUGAAUGUGAAAAGUAAUGAUGAAAGCUCUGAUAGUGAUGAACCACUGAUCGAGAAAAUGCGGAAAAGUAAUGCUCCCCCAGUAGUUCCGACAUCUUCAAUAUCACACUCAAUUGCUACAGUUAUGACGAAUGUUGUUACUACAGUAGCUUCAACAAAAGCUAAAGUGAAAUCCCCAGUUGCUUUGGCGAAGAGCAUUGUGUCUAAUAAUGCACCUUUGAGUACAAGACGAUCGGUUAGGUCUGCGAUGCCAGCUCAAAAUACAAGAAGUAAGGGGGAUAUCAGGGUUCAUAUUGAUAGUGCUGCAACAGCAGCGGAAGCUGUCCGGAGGAAAACACGAAGUGCAGUAGUCGACUUGGAACUUAAAAGGAAAAAAGAAGUGAAGUGACAAUUUGCAGGCGACUCCGUCGCCUCCUUAUUCGUGCCCAUUUCAGAGCUGCAGCAGUAGAUGUGCAGCCCAUGUACAGAAUGUGAUAAUCCCCAACUACAAAUUUCUUUUAUUGACCUAACCACUUGUAUAUAGCUAGAAUUCAUUGUAAAUAUAGAAAGAAAAGAGCAGUGUCUUCAUACACUUUGUAUAUUGCGCUAUUUUCCAUACAUAAUAACCUUUAUUCUAUACUAUUUCAUUUGCAUUUUACGUACAAAAACUUGAAAUAUUUCACUUGUAUAAUUGUAUGAUUAUAAUGUAAAGUUGUUGACAUAUUGUUUAUGUUUUAGCUUAGUUUUAUUUGUUUAUUAUUCUUAUUAUUUAUACCAUGGAGCCUUGUAGAAUGUUUCUGGUUUCUUUACGUAAAAUACAAUACAUUGUAAUGUUCUUAAUUGUAGAUUUGUGGAACGGUUGAUCAUUAUAAAAUAUACAUUGUUAAAUAGAAAUAUCUUAAUAUUUAUA